CUGUGUUUCCGGAAACGUCACUUCCUUUCCGAUCAGACGCUGACGUCACCCUACCGACAGAUGUCUUGGAUCCGGGAAGGAGAACUAAACCUUCUGGAAAGGUUCUCUGCCAACAUCCUAAAGGCAGGACCGAUGCCCAGACAUGUGGCCUUCAUUAUGGACGGGAACAGACGUUAUGCACGUAAGAGACAUGUGGAAAGACAAGAAGGACACACUCAGGGCUUCGACAAGCUGGCUGAAACGCUCCGCUGGUGUCUAAACCUGGGCAUUCAUGAGGUAACGGUGUAUGCCUUCAGCAUAGAGAACUUCAAACGCUCCAAAGAGGAAGUGGACGGUUUGAUGGAGCUGGCUAAAGAGAAGUUCCUCCGGCUACUCGGAGAGCAGGAGAACCUUGAGAAGCACGGUGUGUGUGUUCGGGUUUUGGGAGACCUCACGUUGCUGCCUGAAGAUCUCCAGCGGCUCAUUUCCAAAGCCGUGGUUUCGACUCGAGCGUACAACAAGUGUUUUUUGAACGUUUGCUUUGCGUAUACUUCAAGGCAUGAGAUCGCGAACGCAGUCAGAGAGAUGGCUUGGGGAACCGAGCAGGGCCUCAUAAAGUCCAGUGACGUAUCAGAAGCGUUGUUGAGUCAGUGCCUGUACACCAGCAGCUCUCCUAACCCCGAUCUCCUCAUUCGUACGUCUGGAGAGAUUCGCCUCAGCGACUUCCUGCUCUGGCAGACGUCACACUCUUGCGUAGUAUUUCAGUCUGUCCUCUGGCCAGAAUACUCUUUCUGGAACCUCUGUGAAGCGGUUUUACAGUACCAGCUGAAUUAUCGCUCUAUCCAGAAAGUGCGGGAGCUGCACAGAGAAGCUGAAGCAGCACAGCAGCUGGAGUCUGACCGCUCAUGUGUGGCUGAACUUCUCCAGCAGGGUGGAAAUGGCAAACUCGUCGACGCCCGAGCCCGUCAUGCAGCACUGCUGAGCUACACGGCCAGCCGAGAGGAGAGAGUGAGCCGCUUCCUCAGCGCCCUCCAACAGAAAAAAGACACUUACUUCGAGCAUAUGAGCAACCCGACUGUUGUUGCUUAAGCUUCUAUUGUUCAAAACGGUCCAGUCCUGCCGGCUAAUUCCGAACCCUUCAUUGAGUUUACUCGGUUGUGUCAGAUCAGGGAUGUAGCGCCGUGGUGCUGGAUACAACAUGGCUGCCUGUAGAUGUGGUUCUAAAACCAUGAGCAUGAAAAGAUUUUUAUAUUUGCUUUUUUUUUUUGUAUAUAUUCUCAACGAUAAUGAUGGUGUACCCCGUUUUAUGGGGACGCGAGCUAUUUAAAGUCGUCUCAAAGAUGGUCGCCAACAUUAGGUACGUGAAACUGUUUCAGGGUCUUUGAGGUGUGCGUCUUAAAUCACAUACUAGAACAUACUACUGUAUUUUAUUUGAAUUAACCACCUAGUAUAUUAGUGCUGAGAAAUAUGAACAAAAUCUGUUUUUUGUUUUUUUUUAAAUAAAUAUAAUUGGCAGUUGUCCCAUUAUGCACCACAGAAGCAGAAAGAUCUAUAGCUAAUAACAACAUGGCCACUAAUGAUGGUGGAUUCUAUCUCUCAGCUGUCAGUUAUAUUAGCACUAGCCAACUGCGGCCAUCUGUAAGCUCAUGUAUGCACGAGAGAGCAAGUAGUAUAGUUUCCUUGUCAAGUAAUGCAGCAGGAGCAUGAGUUUGAACCGGUAUGUGCCACCUUAUAUCUUAUACCGUCCCCAGUUGAUAGAUGGCAUGUGAUGAAGAAGAGUUAGAGAGUGGGUGGGAAUUGGCAAAUGACCAAUUAGGAAAAUAGGGCAUGAAAGAGAAGGCAGAUUUUGCAAGAUAUUCAAACAGAAGCCUGAAAUAAAGAAGCUAGUUGGAUCUACUUCAUUUGCAUAUUAUAGAUUCAUAAACACUUUUAAACAUUAAAAUAAAAGUUAAGUUACAUAGUUCACUUAAAUAUUUGAAUUAAAUUCACUCUCACAAUCCCGAUUAAAAAUCACAAUCUAAUCUAAUCAGGCUAAUCUUUUAGACUAUUGUAUAGUUUGUAUGUUUUUUAAGUUGAUGUACUUUAUUUGCGAUUUGAGACGCAGCUAUGGACCAAGAUCACUGGACACCAUGGUUACACCAUUAGUGGAAUUUUUGCUUAGUGAUUUUCUAGGCAAACCAGUGCUGCCACUUCCUGAAAGGGCUCAGAAAUGUAGACUGCUUGAGAUUACCGUGACCACUUGUGUAUUACUAAAUAAAAGAUUUGAAGACAUGUA